CACAUGAAAAGACAGUGGCUCGCUGUCGUCCCAGUAAACCAGAAAACUCCAUAUUAUAUGCCAUCCGUCUAGGUCAUGUUUUUAUUCAGAUUCUGUUGUCCCAUUCUUUUGUGUGUGUGUGUUUGUGUUUGUUGUUGAUGGAGCAGCAGGUGUGUGUUAAAACUGUAGUGUGUUAAUGUGUGUUCAUGUCUGUGUGGUAUGGAUGGCUGAUUUUUCUCUUCCUGACUGAACACAAUAAUAUAUCAACAUCAUAUUUUCUCAUUGAUUCUUAUGAAUAGAAAUGUUUAACAGUAUUUUAUUCGUAGCUGUCUGAUGCUUGUGAGGACUGUCUGAAGACGGCGUCAGAUCAGAUCAGAGACUGGUGAUGUCUGUAAAUCUGCUUUUUAACAUCAACCUAGGGAUGCACCGAAAUGAAUAUUCUUGGCGGAAGCCGAAUAAAAAUGAAACACUUGACCGAACACUGAAUAUGGCCUUUUCGCAUUUCUUCUAUUUAUUUAGCCAACUUUUGCACUAUUGCACAAACUGAAUGGUCAAAAUGUGCUUUUAAUAUUUUGUCUUGCAUUUCAAUAUAAGACAAUAUAACUUAAAAUAAAAUUGAACAAAACAAGUACCCCUACAACAAAACACUUCAUUAGAAAAGUGUCAUUCAACAUUAUAAGCUAAAAAUAUGAUUAAACGAAAACACACUGUAGAACACACUGCAAAAUUAUUUAAAGAUUUUUUUUUCAAAUGCCCACGAAAGCUGAUGUUCUCUCAGAAGGUGCACACGGGGCCGGGAUGCUCAGAACUUACUCUGACAAAUUGUUUGGUACAGAGAACUGUGAGCAUAAGACCACUGUAUGAUGUCAAAGUAUGUCUCGAGCGGCGCAGCUACUGUCAGACCGGUAAAGAAGCUUUCAACUGUCGUGGCACGUUCCGUGCUUUAAAAUGCUCCAAACACCAUCGGUUGCUGAACAUUCGGUGCAUCCCUACAGCAACCCCCAAUAUUCUCUUUGUAAUUCCUCAUUUUUAGUGUAAGAAUGACAUUCUACUAUAGUUGUGUUCCAGGGUUUAGAAUCACUUGGAUAUUAAGUUUCUAAAAGAAAGUGUGUACUACAUUACUGCAACGCUGUGUCCUCCUUUACUGCUCCAACACAUAAUAAAGAUGAAAUCCUGUCCAGAAGCUCGGCCGGAUUUCGAGCCGUCUGGUCUUUCCGAAGCCGCCCGCUGGAACUCGAAAGAGAAUCUGCUGGCGGGACCCAGUGAAAAUGAUCCCAACCUGUUUGUAGCGCUCUAUGACUUUGUGGCGAGCGGCGACAACACUCUCAGCAUCACCAAAGGAGAGAAGCUGAGGGUUCUGGGAUAUAAUCACAAUGGCGAGUGGUGUGAAGCUCAGACGAAGAACGGCCAGGGCUGGGUGCCCAGUAACUACAUCACCCCCGUCAACAGUCUGGAGAAACACAGCUGGUAUCACGGACCCGUGUCCCGUAACGCCGCAGAAUACCUGCUGAGCAGCGGCAUCAACGGAAGCUUUCUGGUGCGAGAGAGCGAGAGCAGUCCCGGUCAACGCUCCAUCUCACUGCGCUACGAGGGUCGAGUCUAUCACUACCGCAUCAACACCGCCUCUGACGGCAAGCUCUACGUGUCUUCAGAGAGUCGAUUCAACACUCUGGCUGAGUUGGUUCAUCAUCAUUCCACCGUGUCAGACGGUCUCAUCACAACACUACAUUAUCCAGCGCCCAAACGCAACAAACCCACCGUCUACGGCGUCUCGCCCAACUAUGAUAAAUGGGAGAUGGAGCGCACAGAUAUCACGAUGAAACACAAGCUGGGCGGAGGGCAGUAUGGAGAGGUGUAUGAGGGCGUCUGGAAGAAAUAUAACCUGACCGUGGCUGUAAAAACACUAAAGGAAGACACGAUGGAAGUGGAGGAGUUUUUAAAGGAAGCUGCAGUCAUGAAAGAAAUCAAACAUCCAAACCUGGUGCAGCUGUUGGGCGUGUGCACACGGGAACCUCCCUUUUACAUAAUCACAGAGUUCAUGACUCAUGGGAAUCUGUUGGAUUAUCUGCGUGAGUGUAACCGUCAGGAGGUGAACGCUGUGGUGCUCCUCUACAUGGCCACACAGAUCUCCUCUGCUAUGGAGUAUCUGGAGGUGAAAAACUUCAUCCACAGGGAUCUAGCUGCUCGUAACUGCUUAGUUGGGGAAAAUCACUUGGUUAAAGUGGCAGAUUUUGGACUGAGUCGUCUGAUUAUAGGAGACACCUACGAAGCUCGUGCAGGAGCCAAGUUUCCUAUCAAAUGGACGGCACCAGAGAGUCUGGCCUAUAACAUAUUCUCUAUUAAGUCAGAUGUGUGGGCUUUUGGAGUUCUGCUUUGGGAGAUUGCCACCUAUGGGAUGUCUCCAUAUCCUGGAAUUGACUUGUCUCAAGUGUACGAGCUACUGCAGAGAGAUUACCGUAUGGACAGACCUGAGGGAUGCCCGGAGAAAGUCUAUGAGCUCAUGAGGGCCUGUUGGAGGUGGACCCCUGCAGAGCGGCCAUCUUUUGCUGAAACCCACCAGGCAUUUGAGACCAUGUUUCAAGAAUCCAGUAUCUCUGAUGAGGUGGAGAAAGAGUUGGGUAAAAAAGGAAAGAAGCUGACACUGAGUCCAAUACAGCAGGCACCAGAACUUCCCACUAAGACCAGGACACUACGAAGACACAUGGACAGUAAGGAUGGAGACUGUCCCGAUGCACCAGAGGCUGAGGUGGUCGGACCGCCGAUGCUCCCAAAGCCUCUUCUUGAUAGCAACCUGAAUGAAGAUGACCGCAUCCUAGCGAAAGACAAAGACCGGUUCAGAAUGAAUCCCUUCAGCUAUAUCAAGAAAAAGAAGAGAACUGCCCCCGCUCCCCCCAAACGCAGCAGUUCCUUUGGUAAAAUGGAUGGACAUCUUGAUCGUAGAGGAUUGCCACUUGACUGCAGAGAUGAUUGUAAUAACGGGGCUUCCACCAAUGAUGCGUUUCACAGCCUCGACUCUUCAAAACUGAUCAGUUCUAAUAGUUCGGCAGGUGUCGGCGUCACUAACGGAGCUCCGCUGUAUCCCGGUCAACUCUAUCCCUCUCACUCACGGAAAAAAGGCACGCCUACGACAUCAGGGGGUGGUGGAAAACUCGCGACCACUCCACCAACAGAAGAGGACCCCAUCUCAAACUCCAAGCGCUUCUUAAGGUCCUCCUCAACGUCUAGCAUGCCUCGGGGUUCGGACUGGAAGUCAGUCACUCUGCCGCGUGACAUACAGUCCUCUCACUUCGACUCGGGCACCUUCGGAGGAAAGCCUGCUCUGCCCCGUAAAAAAACAGAUUGCGGCCAGCGCGGCGGUACCCUCACGCCGCCACCACGCCUUCCCAAAAAAAGCGAGGAUGUGUCAGACGAGGUUUUCAAGGAUACGGAAUCAAGUCCUGGAUCAAGUCCUUCGACCCUGACCCCUAAACUAGGCCGUCGACUGCAGACAGACAGCUCCAAAACCAGUGCUUUGCAGGCUGAGCUGCUCAAAUCCGGUGUGAUUUCAUCACUGGGAGUGACUGGAGAUGAAUGCAGAUCCCGUAGACACAAACACUCUACUGACGUCCCUGUACAGAGAGAGAAAGGAAAGUUUGUCAAACCCAAACCUGCUCCUCCUCCACCUCCCGCUUCUAGUGCCAAACCUGGAAAGACUUCAAGGAGUCUCACUCUUGAUGUCGCUUCAGAUACCAAAGUCAAAGGCUUGUCUGAACCAAGUCCUCCGAGUCCAGGACCCACAGAACAAGCCAAGGAAUGUGCCAAAAAACUGCCCAAAAACACCUCAAAAGUGCAGCCUCCAAAGACCUCGUCCACAUCUUCAACCAGUCAGCUGAUGGCCAUGGGAGCGGGUUUGGCUGUGGGUGAUCCAGGAUCAAACUUCAUCCCUCUCAUGACCACUCGUCGCUCGCUGAGAAAAACCCGUCAGCCGUCCGAGAGACUUUCCAACUCUGCCAUCACGCGCGACAUGGUCCUGGAGAGCACGGAACUUCUGCGAGCCGCAAUCGGCAGAAUUUCAGAGCAGACCGGCAGCCACAGCGCAGUUUUGGAGGCCGGCAAGAACCUUUCCAAGUACUGUGCGAGUUAUGUGGAGUCCAUCCAACAGAUGUGGAACAAGUUUGCUUUCCGUGAAGCUAUCAAUAAGUUAGAGAGCAACCUGCGAGAGCUGCAGAUCUGUCCCGCUGCCACUGGGGGAGCCAAUGCACCACAAGACUUUUCAAAGCUGCUUUCCUCCGUCAAAGAGAUCAGUGACGUUGUUCAGAGGUAGCGGAGAGAAACCCAAGACCUUCAAUAGAUGGAACGCGACGUACACUUUGAGAAAAUAAGUCCAAUCCACCUUCACCUUUCUCUUGCCAAACAGAAGAACAUUUCAAACACUCACGUGCACAGAAUCAGAAGAAGCUCCUUUUGCCAGGAUCGAGUCUCCGUUACUUCAUUUUGACGAGUUAAUUCCAUUUCUUGGCUCUUCUCUGUUUUCAUAAAGAAGUAUUUGUUAAACAACAUUAUAUCAGCAAUGUAGACAAACCUCAUGUGCCUCACGUCUUCAAGACUCAUCAUUUUGUACAGAUCAAAAGAUCUAUUUUUGAUGACAUACUGUACGUUCAUGGUCGUAGUAUUGACAAAUAGUAUUGUUUGGUUUAUUUCAUGCAGUUGUUGGAGAAAUGGGCUUGUUGUGUGAUGUGAACACUCCCUGUGAUGUGAGGAACUAUCGUUUCUUUUUGAAACAAGUAUUUGUACGCGUGCAACACUGUGCCAUGAGUGCCAUUUCACUGAUGUCCUCAUAACGUCACCAAAUCAACACACAGAGGCCUUGAGGGACCUUCAGAUUAGAUGAAACACUAUUCUCAGGAGAACGGCUCUGAACCCAAGAAGCAGUGGAUGGAAAUGUUUGUCUAUUUCUCACACCACUGAAAGAACGACUCAAGUGCCUGAUGGACGGAUGUGUUCAGUAUUAGUUUGUUUUUCAACACUUUGCCCUCUGACUGCCACGUCUGACACACAAGCUGCCUUUUAUUCAGUCCUCCCUUAUAAAUCAUGCCACUACUCUUUUACUUGUAUUCAAGCGUCACUCUUUUGUAAACUAAUCGCUCAUCUUUGUAAAUACACAUCACUUGUUUUUCUCUUUCACUUCAUCUGUCUGUAACCGUGAUGCAAUUUUUGUUGCAUAAAAUACAAAGCAGUUUUGCUA